AUGGCCAAGAUCUAUUUGCUAGUGGCAGGAGUGAUGCUCUGCUCCAUCCCUGCUUGUCCUCUUGACAACAAAGCAAUCUCCAAACAUUUGAGACAGAUGAAAACGAUCCCCUCUCAGUCAUGCCUAGAGCACAGACACGACUUCAAGUUUCCUUGGAGAAGAGAGAAUAUCACCCCAAUCCAGAUGACUCAAGGCACCUGUUAUCACCAAGUGAUGCUCCAGCAGAUCUUCAACCUCUUCACCACGGAGAGCAGCUGUGCUGCUUGGAACAGCACCCUCCUCGACAAACUACUCUCCAGCCUGGGUCAGAGCCUGGAAAAGCUGGGAGAAAGCUUGGAAUGGCUGGAAGAAGUGACUCUGGAUUGUCCCGAUUUGGGAAUUGCUGUCCGGAAGUAUUUCCAAGGAAUCCAUCUCUACCUGAAGGAAAAGGAAUACAGCCCCUGUGCCUGGGAGGUUGUCAGAGUGGAAAUUGAAAAGUGCCUUUCCCUCAUGUAA